GCCGCCGCAACCUUGGCGGCGCACUGACCACCUAUCAACAUCUGGCUCGGAAAAUGAACAUUAGACGCUACCUAGGUACCUCCCUACCUCAGCAACGUCUCUCCCCGGAAUGAGUUCCCCCGGAUUCCAUGCCCUCUCGGCCCUCGCCCGAGCCCGGCUGAUCCGAAGCCGGGCAGUCCGGACAAUACCAAGCGUUCCGGCGGUGCUCCAUUACUCCUCCGCCUCCACGGGCUCCUCACCCCAGCCCGAUCCGACAACGAUCCUCUCGCGCCCGACCUGGUCCGUCCGAUCCCUCCUACCGCAGAACGACGAGGAUGCUAUCAGCCAAGAAUCCCACAUAACCCCAACCCAGCUGCGCCACCUCCUCCGGCUCUCAGCCCUUCCGCCGCCCGCCUCCGCCUCGGAGGAGGCCCGGAUGAUCGCGGUCCUGCAGUCGCAGCUGCGCUUCGUGCGCGACGUCCAGGCCGUCGACGCCGCCGAGGGCGUCGCGCCGCUGACGUCAAUACGCGACGAGACGCGCGAGGGCCUCGCCGAGGCCACCGUCGGCGUCGAGCAGCUGCGCGGGGCCCUGUCCGAGGAGGUCGCCGUCGGACGCGCCCGGCGGCCCCGGCGGCAGCGGCAACAGAAGAAGAAGGAUGCGCACGACGACGACGACCACCGCCACCACCACCACCACACUGCCGGCGGCGUCAAGGAUUGGGAUCCCCUCCAGACCGCAUCGCAUAAGGCUGGCCGGUAUUUCGUUGUCCGGAGUGCCAAGGCGCAGACGUGAUGCCUACAAUGGGCGGUAUACUGGGCACUUGUCUAUACAAGAGAGUUAGACAUGCAUGCAUACACACAGACGGGGAACAACGCCAACCUCCCUCGAUGCGCGCGCGUUCGAGAACAGUAGGGGAGGUGGCCACCCUUUUCCUGCCACAUACGUUCUACAAGCACGUUCUGUGAGCCUUAUGCAGCAGACCUUCCAAGCUGGGCUGGCUCCGGGUGCUUAACGAGGUGAGGUGGAUACCUGAUCUGAUAUC